AUGGGCCGCAGCGUUCGCAACAAACUGCGGGGAGGUGGCAGCAGCAACAGUCACAAAAAGCAACGGUCAGCCCGGAACCGCCCAGCCCCGGACCCUGCAAAGAUGGCCAGCCGAGCUGAGGACCCGCCAGCCGGAGCUCAAGGGGAACCCGAAAACAGCCAGGCGCUUAAGGACACGCCCCCCGCACCCAUCGGCUCAGAGCUCUCUGCGCUGCUGAAGGGCGAAAACCAGCCUGAAAACCCGGACGAGACGCCAGCCCUUGGUGUCUCUGGGGAGGAGGAGGAUGCAGGCAAGAGGAGUCGGGACCUCGAUGGGUUGGAGAAAACCGUCCAGAAACCAGACGGACCCCCCGAAAAGAAACCCAAGCGCGCGGUGCUUAAUAGCGAAGGAGUAAGGGGCAUUGUGCGAGAAGAGAACGGGUUCCUAAUGGCAGAAACCGAAACGAAGCUGAGGGCAAUGGUGCGGGAAGAGUUUUGGGCAGCCCUUGGAAUCACGGAGUCGAACGCCACGUUGAAAGGCGCCCUCGCAGAAAUCUACACCGCAAGCGCACGCACGCUCAUCGAGGAGGCCUUACAGAAGUUGAAGUUCAACGGGCCCCUUGAAACCCCCUCAUCGUCUGUCGCAGCACAGCCCCCUGUGUACGACAAUUGGGCGGAGAUCGGACGACUUAGCGUAAUCGAGGGGACUCUUAACAGUCUGGAGGUUCUCUGCAAGACACGGGCUGACUCAGACUCGUUGCGCAAAGCCAGAAACAUCCUCAUGGAUGUCAAGGGCGCGGUGGAAGGGUUGAAAGUGACGGGGACGAACCUGGACCACAAAACCGACACUCUUCGCAGCAUGCUAGCCAGCCUCCCUGUCUCUCAGCCCCACAACGUGGUUCAACAGCCUUUCAUGCAGCCGCCGUUCGCUAGCCCUUGGAACCCCCAGUUCCUGCCUCAGUCUAACCCCGGGCCCCAAGGAAACCCGGCCGCCUCUCCUCCUAACCCUUCCUUCGGCGUCUCCAUCCCCACUGCGGUGCUUCGCGGCGUGGGCUUCCCUGAUGUUGCACUCGAGGCGCCCGACAAGUACUUCGUUAUCAAGCCAAAAUCGGGGGAAACCAUCCGCACUUUCAAGGCCAUUUUCCCAGACAACCCCGGCAAACGGGCCGGCUUCCUGCGAGUCGCAGACAGUGAGCAUGUCGCGCGCAAACUAGCUGACGCUUGCAUCGAGAUUGGGGACUGGAGGCCCCAAGAGGAGAUACAAGCGGAGCAAGGCAACAGGUGA